CGCGCUUCUCAUACUCAACACGCCUAAGCGCGUGCCAGACAACGACACGUUGACUGGAUUUGGAAAUCAAAAGGCUGUGACUAGCUCCAGAGAUCAACAAAGAGACAGGGUCGGCGCUCAAACACGGCUGAACUCAAAAGUGAUUCACUUACCUCAUACUUCUAGCGCCUCAAACGUUCCUUUCCAUAGUUUCAAGUAGCUAUUUAUUAUACAGUAUAGUGUAGAAAUAAGGAUCGCUACAAGUUGACACCAAGUGAUCGACACUUUGUGUGUCUUGGAUCAGAAAAAGUUUCUGUUGGAGAUAACUGGCUACCUGAUAGCGUUCGACGCCUAAGGUGACUGUCACGUGUUUUACCAGAUGACUACCGAAAUCGCGCCACCUGUUGAUAGAAGACUAACUCAGCCUUGAAUAAUCUGUUUAAUAAUAGUUAAUAUCAAACAAUCAUUAAAGAGAUAAAAACAUCAGUGACUGAUCAUCGCUGAACUUGAGCAACAUAACCAUCUUUUUGCAGUUCAACAAAGUAGGAACACCGGACUGUAAAUUUCAAACUUCAUUGGAUGACAUAGGGACCCCACACAACAACCCCAAUGACUUAUCGAUCCAUUGAAGUGAAGCCCCUCAACAGACGAUUGAGCAGACGGCUCAAGGCUAAGGCCGUUGCGAGUGCCAAAGGAGCUUACAGCCAGAAAUUUCUUCAGACUUUUCUUACAACUAUCUUCAAGUCCAGAGGAUUGUCACCAGCCGCUCAACUUCCCUCGCCUCUGCAGUGCUUAGCUCUGCUGAUGCAACAUCCAAUUCAGAUGAAACCGGCUGAAAGCGAAACCAAAAAUGGAAGAAAGCUCUUCAUUGGUAUGCUGUCCAAGAAAUUCAACGAGAACGACGUUAGAAGAAUGUUCUCCCCCUUUGGAUUUAUAGAGGAGUGCACAGUGCUCAGAGACGUUAACGGACAAAGUAAAGGUUGUGGAUUUGUUACUUACGCGACUCGCCAGUUUGCAAUCAACGCCAUCAAAGGCAUGAACCAUUUUCAGACGAUGGAGGGUUGUAGCAGUCCUCUAGUGGUGAAGUUUGCUGAUACCCAAAAAGAAAAAGAUCAAAAACGAAAGCAGCAGAUAAUGGCUAACCUGUGGAAUACAGCUAAUUUCGGAAAUGUUAGUUCUUUGACGCCACAAUAUUUAGCGCUUCUUCAUCAAGCUGCCCAGACAGGUACCUUUGGAAAUUUCAACAACCUUCAACAAUCUUCUGGAGGUGAAUGUUAUGGUGUUGGUUCCUUAAAUGUACAACAACAACUGGCUGUUCUUGCUGCUGCACAGGCCUCUAAUAACAGCAGUAACAGUGCUGGUGUCAAUUCUAUGAUGCUUCAGAAUCUAGCAGCAUUAGCAGCAGCUGGAGGAGGAAGUAAUUCAGCAGGGAUCCCUGGUAUUUCUGCAGCAGGUGGUGUAUCAGGGAACAUGUCCAGUGCCAACUCUUCAUUCAGUGGUAUGAAUUCUAUGAGUCCUAACAUGGCCAUGGGGAUUACUUCAAACUCCCUUUCCAACAUGGAGAAUUUGUCUGGUAUGAAUAGUAUGGGAAAUAGAUCUGGUAUGGUAACAAAUGGUCCAAAUAUAGAUCCCUUUGCACAGGCCUACUCGGGGAUGCCUCAGUAUCAGUCUGCUUUGCCAGGAAACUUUUCUCAGGUUGGACUUCAUCAAAAUCAGAGCUCUUCUACAAGACAAGUUGAAGGACCAGAAGGUGCCAACCUGUUUAUCUACCACCUUCCCCAGGAUUUCACAGACAAUGACCUUGCCCAAACCUUUCUUCCUUUUGGAAAUGUGAUUUCUGUUAAGGUCUUCAUUGAUAAACAGACCAACCUCAGUAAAUGUUUUGGUUUUGUCAGCUAUGAUAAUCCUGUAAGUGCUCAGGCUGCCAUCCAAGCAAUGAAUGGUUUUGAGGUUGGCACUAAGCGACUCAAAGUCCAACUGAAGCGAUCAAAAGAAGGAACCAAAGCUUAGUAAGAGGUACCAAAUACCUUGGCACAACACACUACCCAUCCUUUGAAGGAUUACCUGCUCGGUGCAUCUCAUGAGACCUGUAUUUUCUGAACCCGUGUAGUGACGUGCCGUAUAUUCUAUUUACCACUAGCCACAAAUCCGACACUGUGUGAGAUGUGGUGAGUGCGAAGCUAAUUUGUAUUCAUAAUAAUUUUGGGAAGUGGCGUCAGCUUAAAACUCCGACGGAUUGUUGUCGAAGUAGCGUCAGAAGAAGCUCCAAUAGUGUGACUUCAACUGAUUCAAAUACUUUAUAAGAGACUACUACCGUCCCCUUGUACAAACUUAAUGUCGGUGUAAUUGAUUUAUCUUUUAAAUUCCUACGUAAACCUAUACUGGAAUUAUAUAUUUUAGUUUUAAUUACUUAUAGUGAGAAUGUUUUUACUGUCACAGUUCGUUUUUAUAGCCCAGACAGUUAUAAUGUUUUGCAACGUUAUGGUUUUCUUCAUUUUAUCUUCGCAUCAAACGACUAUACUAUACUAUAAGAUUUUAUUUAAUCGAUGUGUCAGGGGAUUUGGAUACUUGUUAUGUCUUACAUAAUUAUGUGACUGAAAAUAUUACUCUAGACAAGUGUACGAAUGUCUGGAUUUGGUAGACGUACAGCGAAUGAUACCUGCUCAAACAGCCAAAACGAAGCUAAAAUUUCAUGAUGGGUCUAGUGAGUAACAAUGAAUAACUGAAAAAGCUUUACUUACACCAAUAAUUGUUUCAUGCUUCACAAUAAGUUUGUUGUUGGCUUGGCGUUUUGACAGUGACUUACCUAACUUGUCGUUUUAAUCCUUAGUGCUUCUCUUGUAAGAAGUUUCAUACAUACACAAGCUACUGCUUUGAUAACAUUACAGGAUGCAUUUAUUUUCAAUGAUAAACCCUGUCUGCAUUUUGAAAAUGUUGAAAAAAAUGUCUUAUCUAGUGUCAUUAUUGAAAUGAAUUUUUGACAGACAAGUGCAUUUUAUGUCGCUGUUAACAAACCAAAGAAACAGAUUGUGUACAUUGUAUCAAACAAGUGUAGUAAACAAGAUGUUGUGAA